GACUGCAAUAAACUCAAUGGAAGUCUGCGUAACGCAGUGUUUGUUAGCCGUCAGUCAGUCGAGCCGAUAUGGCGACCAGGAAGAAUCUGCGUUUUAGAGCCGCUUCUCCUUUCUGAAACUUUAAAAUGCUUCAAAUCAGCGCAGUUGGAUCGUAAAGGAAUGCACCUCGGUCAACACACUGUUGGAAAAUAUACACGUGGACAAAUCUCUCCCAAUUGGAAGGAAAAAGGGUGUGUGAGGGUAGUAGAGAGGCUGAUUCUGCUGACUGAGGCACCAUGGUGGAGCCAGGGGACAGGGAGGUGGCUGGCCAGAGGCUGGGGAUCCCAGAGAGUUUAGGGGUGUCUACCCUGGAACCAGGUCAGCGACCCCCAACCACGCCCCCAGGACGACAGGUCUCUAUCCGGGUACAGCUGCUGGACGACGUCACCGAGGUCUUCGACAUAUCACAACGAGCCCCAGCCAAGGCUCUGUUUGACCUGGUGUGUGUCCAUCUGAACCUGGCUGAAAGAGACUACUUCGGUCUCCAGUACCAGAACCCCAGGAGGAUGAUGGUCUGGUUGGACCUGCUGAAGCCCACCCUGAAACAGAUCAGACGUCCUAAGAACACCAUCCUUCGUUUCGUGGUGAAGUUCUUCCCUCCUGACCACACACAGCUGCUGGAGGAGCUGACACGCUACCUGUUUGCUCUCCAGAUAAAGCAUGAUCUGGCGUGUGGACGUCUGACCUGCAACGCCACCAGUGCUGCUCUGCUGGUCUCUCAUAUCGUCCAGUCUGAGAUCGGGGACUUUGACGAGGUCCAGAGUUUUCAGCACCUUCUUCACAACAAGUACAUGCCUAACCAGGACGCUCUGAUGGACAAGAUCACAGAGUACCACCACAAGCACGUAGGACAGACGCCAGCGGAGUCAGACUAUCAGCUAUUGGAGAUGGCCCGGCGGUUGGAGAUGUACGGAGUCAGGCUCCACCCUGCUAAGGACCGAGAGGGGACCAAGCUCAGUCUGGCUGUGUCUCAUAUUGGACUGCUGGUGUUUCAGGGACACACUAAGAUCAAUGCUUUUAACUGGUCUAAAGUCCGCAAGCUCAGCUUCAAGAGGAAACGUUUUCUCAUCAAACUCAGACCAGACCUCAAUCAGAGUGCGUACCAGGACACUCUGGAGUUUGUGAUGGCCAGUAGAGACUGCUGUAAGACCUUCUGGAAAAUAUGUGUGGAGUACCACGCCUUCUUCAGACUGUUUGAGGAACCCAAACCCAAAGCCAAAGCUGUUCUCUUCACCAGAGGGUCCUCCUUCAGGUUUAGCGGUCGGACACAGAAGCAGGUUUUCGAUUACGUCAAGGACUCAGAGUUCCAAAAGGUCCCUUUUGAAAGGAAACACAGUAAGAAGGUGUCCGGCAGCAGCCUGACACCCCAGGAUAGAAAGACAUCCACAGUGCCACAAGAGAGUGUCUCAGUGGACCAGACAGACUCUCCUCUCAGGUUGAUCAUCCAGGUCCCGGUGGACGACCCGACAGUGACCAACGGCCACCAGGCUGGGCCAGGGGGACCAGAGGCCCAGGCCCUAGCCUCCACCACGGGACACCCAGAGCAGCAGAUCUCAGGUGUGAUCUCAGGCAGCCCACCAGUGGUGGUGAACGGGCAGAAAGCCUUUCCCUUCGGCCCGGGUCAGAGCUCCAACGGGCACCAGCCCUCGCCCAUCAACGCCCAUUCCUGCCCCCUCUCAUCCCCCCUGUUCACUGACGCUGGCUACGUCCGCACGGAUGACGAGGACGAGGUUCGGAGGAAGAAGUGUCCAACUGACAAGGCCUACUUCAUCGCCAAGGAGCUUCUCACCACAGAGAGAACCUUUCUGAAGGACCUGGCAGUUAUAACCGUGUGGUUCCAGGCUGUGCUGGGUAAAGAGGACAUCCUGCCAGACUCAGUGAGGACUCUGAUCAACACCAACUAUGAUCCAGUCUAUCAGUUACACCAGGCCUUCCUCAAGGAGGUGGAGCAGAGGCUGCAGCAAUGGGAGGGGCGGUCCAACGCCCACAUUAAAGGAGACUACCAGCGUGUCGGUGACGUCAUGCUGAAGAACAUUCAGGGGUUAAAGCAGUUGACGUCCCUCCUGCAGCGUCACGGUGAGGUGUUGGUUGAGUUGGAGCGUUCGUGCCGUGCCUCCCAGCGGCUGCAGGAGUUGUGUCGAGAGUUUGAGCAGCAGAAGGUGUGUUACCUGUCCCUGAACAUGUUCCUGCUACGCCCCCUGCAUCGUCUGCUGCACUACAAACUGAUUCUGGAGAGACUCUGCAAACACUACCCCCCCACACACCAAGACUUCAGAGACAGCAGAGCUGCCCUAGCUGAUAUAUCAGAGAUGGUGCUGCAGCUUCAGGGAACCAUGAUGAAGAUGGAGAACAUCCAGAAGCUUCUAGAACUGAAGAAAGAUCUGACAGGCAUCCAGGACCUGGCUAUACCUGGCAGGGAGUUUAUCAGACUGGGCUGUCUCAGUAAGCUCUCAGGGAAAGGACUACAGCAAAGAAUGUUCUUCCUGUUCAGUGAUUCCCUGGUGUACACCAGCAGAGGUAUGACAGCAGACAACCAGUUCAAAGUUCACGGCCAGCUGCCUCUCUACGGCAUGACAAUCAGGGAGAGUGAGGAUGAGUGGGGAGUUCCUCAUUCCUUCACUCUGUUUGGUCAGCACCAGUCUGUCGUCGUGGCAGCAAGCUGUGUAUCAGAGAUGGUGAAAUGGAUGGAGGACAUCAGGAUGGCUGUAGUCCUGGUAGAACAGAGUAACAGACCUUCUACUGAUCUACUGUCCACCAGUCGAUCAGACCGCAAGUCUCCAGAAGAGGGCGGUGUGGAGGCUGAGUCAGAGGAGGAGCUGAGUGCGUCUCGUAGCUCAUUGGAGCGUCAGUCAGCACAGAGAGGAAACACGACAGUUCAUGUCUGCUGGCACCGCAACACCUCUGUGUCCAUGGUGGACUUUAGUGUGGCUGUGGAGAACCAGUUAUCAGGUAACCUGCUGAGGAAGUUUAAGAACAGUAAUGGAUGGCAGAAACUCUGGGUGGUCUUCACCAACUUCAGCCUGUUCUUCUACAAGUCACAUCAGGAUGACUACCCUCUGGCCAGCCUCCCGUUGCUAGGCUACUCGUUGACGGUUCCCGCGGAGACAGAGAACAUCCAGAAGGACUACGUUUUCAAGCUCCACUUCAAGUCUCAUGUGUACUACUUCAGAUCAGAGAGCCAGUACACCUUCCAGAGGUGGAUGGAGGUGAUCCGUAGUGCUACCUGUUAAGCUAGUCGACCCCUCCUGAGCCAGAGGAAGGAUCCUUACUGACCACGGAGCCAGUGAGGACUAGGAGGACACUGACCAACCCUCUUCUAGACGGCUCCUUCCUGUCCUUUAGGCCUCUUCUAGACGGCUCCUUCCUGUCCUUUAGGCCUCUUCUAGACGGCUCCUUCCUGUCCUUUAGGCCUCUUCUAGACGGCUCCUUCCUGUCCUUUAGGCCUCUUCUAGACGGCUCCUUCCUGUCCUUUAGGCCUCUUCUAGACGGCUCCUUCCUGUCCUUUAGGCCUCUUCUAGACGGCUCCUUCCUGUCCUUUAGGCCUCUUCUAGACGGCUCCUUCCUGUCCUUUAGGCCUCUUCUAGACGGCUCCUUCCUGCCCUUUAGGCCUCUUAUUUCACCCUGCCCUUUAGGCCUCUUAUUUCACCCUGCCCUCUCUUCACCUCUGGAGUACUGGCUCACUUUACUCCAGGUUACUUUACUAACCACCUGUCUGUAUUUCCACAACGUGACCCUUUUGGGUGUAUAUCCUCCUUCUCUCUAUAUAUGAAAACUCACUUUCUCUAAAUACUCUGGCCAUGAGGAGAUAUUCUCCUCCAGGAAUUUACGACCUCUCUGACCACAGCAUCCUGGGUGUAGGAGAGAGGAGAGAGAUGGUGCAGAGGUAUGACACCGGUGACCCCGCACAUUGACUCUGUACCGGUACCCCCUGCAUAUAGUCUCAUUACUAACCGGUGCCCCCUGCAUAUAGUCUCAUUACUAACUGGUGCCCCCUGCAUAUAGUCUCAUUACUAACCGGUACCCCCUGCAUAUAGUCUCAUUACUAACCGGUACCCCCUGCAUAUAGUCUCAUUACUAACCGGUGCCCCCUGCAUAUAGUCUCAUUACUAACCGGUACCCCCUGCAUAUAGUCUCAUUACUAACCGGUACCCCCUGCAUAUAGUCUCAUUACUAACCGGUACCCCCUGCAUAUAGUCUCAUUACUAACCGGUACCCCCUGCAUAUAGUCUCAUUACUAACCGGUGCCCCCUGCAUAUAGUCUCAUUACUAACCGGUACCCCCUGCAUAUAGUCUCAUUACUAACCGGUACCCCCUGCAUAUAGUCUCAUUACUAACCGGUACCCCCUGCAUAUAGUCUCAUUACUAACCGGUACCCCCUGCAUAUAGUCUCAUUACUAACCGGUACCCCCUGCAUAUAGUCUCAUUACUAACCGGUACCCCCUGCAAAUAGUCUCAUUACUAACCGGUACCCCCUGCAUAUAGUCUCAUUACUAACCGGUACCCCCUGCAUAUAGUCUCAUUACUAACCGGUACCCCCUGCAUAUAGUCUCAUUACUAACCGGUACCCCCUGCAAAUAGUCUCAUUACUAACCGGUACCCCCUGCAUAUAGUCUCAUUACUAACCGGUACCCCCUGCAUAUAGUCUCAUUACUAACCGGUACCCCCUGCAUAUAGUCUCAUUACUAACCGGUACCCCCUGCAUAUAGUCUCAUUACUAACCGGUACCCCCUGCAUAUAGUCUCAUUACUAACCGGUACCCCCUGCAUAUAGUCUCAUUACUAACCGGUACCCCCUGCAUAUAGUCUCAUUACUAACCGGUACCCCCUGCAAAUAGUCUCAUUACUAACCGGUACCCCCCUGCAUAUAGUCUCAUUACUAACCGGUACCCCCUGCAUAUAGUCUCAUUACUAACCGGUACCCCCUGCAUAUAGUCUCGCUAUGAUUAUUAUUACUGCUGCUCUUUAAUUAUUUGUUAAUUUGAGUUCUUAUUCAUUAUUUUUUACUGCAUUGUGACGAAUCAAAUUUGAUUUAAAUCUUUUCUUGCCCAUUCACCCUCUGAAUGGCAAAGAAUCAUUAUUUAACCCGUCUCCUCCCCUUCAUCUACACUGAUUGAAGUGAAUUUAAUUUUAGGUGACAUCAAUAAGGGAUCCUGGAUUCACCUGGUCAGUCUGUCAUGGGAAGAAUGAAUGUGGUGUUGGAAUGUGCUAAACAUUGAGAUGGUAAAUGAAUGAUAGGAAAUGAAAGAGACUGGGUGUUCUGUUAGAAUGGUUCUCUGAAGAAAGACAGAAGGCUUUGGAAUGUGUUUGAUGGAGGAGAGGACAGCGAUGUGUUGAUACAUGGGGAGACAGAUGGACAUCUGUGGAUUAGGUGAAGGAGGGGUUGAGGUCAGGAGGAGAG